CAUAUCGAUAGCUCACUGAAAGGUCACUGAAGACAUUAGAACUUUCUACGACGAACCGUUCGAGCAAGAUGAGCUAAAUUCGAAAUGUAAUUUUUCUGAUGGGUUAAGCGUUAGUCAUUUUUCGUAAAAAGUUUGUUUUCAUCUGCUUUAAAGUUUCGUAAAAUUCUUUCAAUUGAAGGAAAAUAAAUGUGCUGAUUAAAAAUAAACAAAAACACGUAAAUUUUGUUAUCAAGGAGAAUCGUCUUAUCGCAAUAAGUAAAAAAAUGAAAUAAGCGAUAGCAUCUUAAAUGUUGAAAGAGGAAACUCAAAUGUGAAUGACUGAGGAAGUGAAAAAAUAUAUUAAAAGAAAAGUUCAAUGCGAUUGAAGAAAUCAUGGAGAUAAGAUUUAAUGGAAAAAGAGCUCUUGUAACCGGUGCGGGUAAAGGCAUCGGAAGAGGAAUAGUUCUGAAGCUCGUCGAGUGUGGCGCUGAUUUAGUAGCCGUGAGUAGGACACAGUCAGAUUUAGAUGAAUUGACUUCGUUAAGUCCAAAGAUCCAGACGUUACUUUUGGAUGUCAGCGAAUGGGCUAAAGUGAAAAAUGUAUUAGAAAAUAUUGGUCCAAUUCAUUUGUUGGUUAAUAAUGCAGGCAUUACUGGAGACUUAAUAGAAUUGGAGGAUUUUGACGAAGAAGGAAUAAAUAAAAUGUUUGAUACCAACGUCAAAUCAAUAAUAGCUAUUUCACAGAUAGUAGCAAAAGGCAUGAAGGAAAGAGGUGAGGGUGGUGCAAUCGUAAAUGUGUCUAGCGUCUUAGGACUGGGAGGUUGUCCGUGUCGUGGAGUGUAUUCAGCUACUAAGGGGGCAGUAGAUCAACUGACCAGGAGCAUGGCUGUGGAAUAUGGUCCUCAUAAUAUUAGGGUUAACUCCGUGAAUCCAGCUAUAACUCGAACGAGAGUGACAACAUGGGCUUUUGAGCCUGGUAAUGCUAGAGGAUCUAAAUAUUUGACAAGAACUCCUUUGGGACGAUUUUGCGAAGUCGAUGAUGUUGUGCGUCCAAUUCUGUUUCUCUUAAGCGACAAAGCUGCUAUGGUUACCGGAAUAGUAAUGCCAAUCGAUGGCGGGUUUACAGUAUAUUACUGAAAAAUAUGUAAAUAUUUGUAUUAGUUUAUAUAAAACAUGCAUGAAAAGUAAUAAAUAUCUUAUCUGUAUGUAUCA